AGUGAUCCAUUGUAACACCGGCCAUAUUACCUGGGUGGCAGACUUGAGUUCGCACGGUGGUAUCCCAGCAACAAAAGUGUAAAUAACCCGGAGUUUUUUGUUUUUUUUAGGAGGGAGCAUGAUACAGAAAUGAAUGAAACGCUUCUUUAACACCAGGUCACAAAUUAAAUACGUUGAGGCAGCAUUGAUACAAUUAUCAACGCAAGAUCCCACAAGCAAAUUUCAGAUCCAGCACGCAUCUGAUGGUUGCUGGCUAGCCAAUGGGGCUGUUUGACAAGUUGGUUGGGUGGCUGGGGAUAAAGAAGGAGGUCAAUGUGCUGUGUCUAGGUUUAGACAACAGUGGAAAAACCACUAUCAUCAACAAACUCAAGCCUUCCAAUGCCCAGGUACAAGAUAUUGUCCCAACAAUUGGUUUCAGCAUAGAGAAGUUCAAGACUUCCAGCCUUUCCUUCACCGUCUUUGACAUGUCUGGUCAGGGCAGAUACCGAAAUCUUUGGGAACAUUACUAUAGGGAAGGUCAGGCUAUCAUCUUUGUCAUUGAUAGUGCAGACAAACUGAGGAUGGUGGUAGCCAAAGAGGAACUGGAUACAUUACUAAAUCAUCCCGAUAUUAAACACAGGAGGAUUCCCAUCCUUUUCUUUGCAAACAAGAUGGAUGUCAGGGAUGCCCUGUCUUCUGUCAAGGUCUCACAGCUGCUCUGUUUGGAGAACAUCAAAGACAAACCCUGGCACAUCUGUGCCACAGAUGCUUUGAAAGGAGAUGGUUUACAGGACGGAGUCGACUGGUUACAAGAUCAAAUCAGAACAAUGAAAACAUGAGAGCAUGAAGACUGACCAGAGUGUGCAGCAGCGUGCAUGGAAGUGUUUCAUAAAGGAAGAGUGGGAACUGUGUUUUUAAUGGCCUAUUUAGAUGGUUUUUGGUUUGUGUUUUGUUCAUUCUCUGGUACCAGAUGUGGAAGUGUAAUGCAUCCACUGACAUGACAUGAGAAAUGCACAAAAAGUGGCAUUUAUUUAGACAAAAGCUUACAAACACAUAUCAUCCUCAUUGUUUUUGCACUAUUUGUGUACCAGCGACUACAAUUCACCAUAGCUGCUCUGAAAGCAGGUAACAUGAUUGUCUUUGCUAUAAAGAGUACUUUGAAUUUGUUGUGAAAAAGUUUUCUUCGUGUAGUCCCUAGUCUUUUGUUAUGGGCCCAACAUUGUAGGAAUGCUGAAAACCUUUUUUUUUUUUUUUCAGUUGACUCCAGUUGUUUGCUUUUAGCUGUUGUGUUGCACCAAGUCAACAGGGACUCUAAUCUGCAGAUUUAUGUUUCAGAACAUCUGACAUCACUCUGAAGACCUUAUGCCAAAUCCUCUCUUUUCUUCUUCUUGCUAUCUGCUUUCUCUCAGGGCAUCUGUAGAUAUAUUGUUAUUUUUGUUUAAAUUUAAAAGAAGUCAGCUUUUCCUUACACAGGGAAUGUUUCUGGUAUUUGUUUUACCAAUGCAAGAAAUUCAAUGUGUUCCAUUCCGCUGCCUUUUUUCCCAAACACUCAAAGCACUCCGUCUCUCUACCGCAUUAAAAAGCACAUCCACUUUGUCUUUGUGCUGCAGCUAAUGUGACUUGUUGGAGGAAAACUGUUCGAUCUUCAGCAACAAUGAAAGACAAAAAAACAGUCCAUGCUGGACUUAUUUUAAUUCUUCUGUAAGCUUUUAUAAACACUAGCUAUUAUCUGUAAAGUGAUUGUAAAGUGUGAAAUUGGCCUCUAAGGUUUGUUAAUAAAUGUCUAAACAUAUCAUACAACAGAUCAUUUUCAACUAGUGUUUUUUUAUUUUUUUUAUCUCAUCACUAGGGGGGAAAAAAUGCUUCGGUCAAUUUACUCCUGAUACUCCAGAGAAUCAAAGGCCGACCGUAAUAAGCAUUCGCUCAGUCCAGGGAAAGUUUACGAUCAAAGUCACUGAUCCUUUUAUUUCUUCUGACUGAAAGCUUGCAUUGCAUGCAUCACGCGCCAUCUGAUGGUGUUUGUAAAGCUCCGUGGCUUCAGCCCACAUCCCCUGAAAUGUAUGUCUGUGUUUUUUCUGUUUUGUUUUUUAGGAAUGCAUUAUCUGGAAAAAAGAAAAAAAAAAGCUACCUGUAAGUAAAACAUUUAAUCUAUACAUCAAGCCACACUUAACACCAUGUGAACCAGCAGAGAUCCUCACACUGGUAUGGUGGACCAAAAUAUGGCUGCCCUCAGUCAAUGUGGUGAAAUUUCCACGUGGUAUUAAUUAAAAAAAUAUUCUUCAGGCCAUAUCAGCCCAUCACACAUGGUUUGUGAAAGCUUCAUUAAUUGUGGCUACACCUAUUCUCACAGCAACUCCCUCUCUUGAGAGAACUUUCCGUCAUUUAGGCUGGAUCUUUGGUCGGUGAUGUCAGACUCUUUUGAUGGUUUUGCUUUCUAAAGAUGUCUUUGCAUGUCUUUAAUAUGUUUUAAAAUCUGAGAAAUAGAAAAAAAAAACGCAAAACUUUAAAUACUUUAAUCAUGAGGGCCUCAAAAUUGAUUCAAGGUUCAAGGCAGCUGCUGCAAAGUGAAUGAAAAGAUGAAUGGCGUUUUUAUACCUAUAACUAAAAAUCAUGUUUGAGUUAAGAGUUUAGUUUCAUGAGCAUUAAGGACAUUAAAGUGUCAUUUGUUGGAUAUUUUUAAAUCUAGGAUAUUUCAGCUUCUUUAGGGUUUCCUGUCUUUGAGUUCACUUCAUACAACAGAAGCUUUAGAUUCUUCCCUCUAAGUCUAUGUUCUAAAGAGCUGUUUGUGUAAUUUAUGUUUUUUUGUUUUUUGGCCUUCCAUGUGGGUUUUCAGAGAAUAAAUGUGGAAAACUAAACUGG